CCGCGCUGUUAUCCUCCUUCGUACUGCACUGUACUCCCCCCUCCUUCCGCCGACACAACCAUCAUCGUCAAAUUGGUUGGAUUGACAAGCUACUCCGGCGCCGGCGUUCAGGUUCUAAAGUUUUCCGAAACCCAGCAUCACCUUCUGCGGAUACUAAAUUGUGGAGACAAAGACGUGCAGUGUGAAUUCAGGAUAAGCAUACUUGAAGGCAACGGAAGUAUCUAGUAUCCGGCUGUUCGGGAGACUCUUUACCGACGGGCUCUUGGGGGAAAGACUAAAAAACGCUCAAAGGUUGACAGUGCCGCCAGUUCAGCUCAUCCCCGCAGUGAGGCAACUGGUUUAACAGAUACUGUAGCAUUCCAGGAAGGGUGGGAAGAAAUGCAUAGUGGAGUUGCAGAGUUGAAGGCAACGAUGGCUGAGUUCAAAACCAUCAAGGCUGAUGUGUAUGCAUUCAUGUACAGAAACUCCGUAGCAGUUAGUGGCCCAUCUGCCACAACUCGUAUUGAUACGGUCUCUGAGCUUCUUAGGCCUGUCUCUAAAUCACCUAUGACGGUUGGCACCCGUGUGCUUAUAUUAUCUCGUACCAGAGAGAAGAAACUUGUUGCUAAGGGACUUCUGCUCAGCCCCCCGUACCAGGUGACACACUUUCCUUGGUCAAGGUUUUCGUUACAUCCGCCGCAGUCCUGGACACACCCUUUAUUUUGCCGAAAAUUGCUGGGGCGACUACCUUUCGCGAGGUUGUCGGUGAAGAUCCUAUUGAGUGGAACUAUAAGGAUCUCAUGCGCCACCCCUGAAGGAUAUCGACCGGUUCCUUUAUGUUUCGCCUCUGUUUGCAUUAUCAAUUGCAUGUCGUGGAUGUUCUUGGAUGGUAGGUUCUAAUGGCUAUGUGAAAUACCUAUGAAAUAGAUGCAUAGACAUUUGGAUGCAUCUUUUGUGUGGUAAGAAUUAUUGCUAUAGAUUGAUGGAUCUCCC